AUUGGUAGGAAUUUUCAUUUAAUAAUAAAAAGCUGGCUGAAAGAGGCGAAAAUCAAAAUGGGCGCUGGUUUUCGUAGUUUGGGAUGUUGCAAUAUACUAACACUGCUUUAUAUUCCUCUUCUUCUUCUUUCUGCAGCCGUUACCAUUCACAAUCCCUCUGUUUUUUCUUCUCUCCCAUUCCCUUCCCCAAAUUCACCAUGGCUCAACGUCAACCUCUCACUCUCGCCUCUUCCAAUAACGUCGAAAAAGACGUUUUCGAUUAUCAUCGCCUUGAUCAGCAACUACUCAACACCAUCGCUUACGAUGCUCUCGUUUGGAGCUCUCUCCACGGCCUCCUCGUUGCCGAUAAAUCCAUUCACAGAUCUGGAACAGUUCCUGGUGUUGGCCUCGUGCAUGCUCCCCUUUCCUUGUUACCUACGCCAUUUCCUGAAAAGCACUGGACACACGCCUGUGACUUGGCUCCUUUAUUCAAUGAACUCGUUGAUAGGGUUAGCUUGGAUGGAACUUUUCUUCAGGAAUCUCUCUCAAGGACUAAGAAAGCCGACGAGUUCACCUCUAGACUUUUAGAUAUUCAUUCCAAGAUGCUAGAGAUUAACAAAAAAGAAGAAAUACGAUUGGGAUUACAUCGUUCAGAUUAUAUGCUUGAUGGGAAAACUAACUCACUUUUGCAAAUCGAACUGAACACUAUUUCCUCUUCAUUUGCUGGUCUUGGUAAUCUUGUGACUGAACUUCAUAGACACAUACUUUCUCACCAUGGGAAAUUGGUUGGACUAGAUUCCAAAAGGGUUCCUGCCAACAAUGCUGCCAAUCAGUUUGCAGAGACCUUGGCUAAUGCUUGGAGUGAGCAUAAUAACCCGAGGGCUGUGAUUAUGUUCGUGGUUCAAGCUGAAGAACAAAACAUGUAUGACCAGUAUUUUAUUUCUUCAGUUCUAAGAGAUAGGCAUAAUAUUACAACCAUACGAAAAACGUUGGCAGAAGUUGAUCAAGAAGGAGAAAUUCUACCAGAUGGAACACUUUCUGUGCAUGGACAAGCAAUUGCAGUUGCUUACUUCCGCGCUGGCUAUACACCUGUUGACUAUCCUUCAGAAUCAGAAUGGAGAGCUAGGCUGUUGAUUGAACAAUCUUCGGCCAUCAAAUGUCCUUCAAUAUCCUAUCAUUUGGUUGGCACCAAAAAGAUUCAACAGGAACUUGCGAAGCCUGGUGUUCUUGAGAGGUUCCUUGAAGAUAAAGACGAUAUUGCCAAACUGCGUAAAUGCUUUGCAGGGCUGUGGAGUUUGGAUGAGUCAAAUAUUGUUAGAAAAGUGAUUGAACGGCCAGAGUUAUUUGUCAUGAAGCCCCAAAGGGAAGGAGGAGGAAACAAUAUUUAUGGUGAUGAUGUGAGGGAAACACUCCUAAAAUUGCAGAGAGCAGGUUCUCAAGAAGAUGCAGCUUAUAUCCUUAUGCAGAGGAUAUUUCCAACUACUUCUGCAGCAGUUUUGAUGCGUAAUGGUUGUUGGCACAAGGAUCGUGCCAUUUCAGAACUUGGGAUAUUUGGUAGUUAUUUAAGGAAUAAGGAUAAGAUUAUCAUGAACAAACAAAGUGGUUAUUUGAUGCGUACAAAAAUAUCAUCAUCCGAUGAAGGUGGUGUUGCAGCUGGUUUUGCAGUGUUAGAUAGUGUAUACCUGACUUGACGGAACCAACACCUUAGGAUAUCUAGACAAUUCAAAACAUUACGCCAGUGAUAGUUUACAUAUUAGAUCUCCAGUUUUUAUUUAUCUGCCUCUGCAAAAAGUGAAAGAAAAGAGGCCAAGAUUUUUAUUUUUUUUUUGCCUUUUCCCAUGAGUUGUUAUAUAUUUUAUAUAACCUGUAAAUGUUUCCUUAAAGUCUGGUCAAAUGUUCAAACCUGUUCGUUCAUAUUGCAAGGCAGUUUGUAAGCUUUAGCAUGGAUUUGAGUUGAUAGUUUUCAGAAGAGCUUAUGUUAUUAGAUAUAUGGCUCCAAGGAAAUUUCAUGCUUUUUUAUCAUCCUUUAUAUAUAGUUUCUAUGUUGGGU